AUGAAGUUCUUUUCUACUAUACUUUCCCUCACCAUAGUUGCAACCGCUGCCAGAGUUGCCAAUGCAGAGGCAGAUCCUCUUGCGUUCGCCAAAGCUCAAGGUGUGGCGAUUGCAGAUGAUGAUUCUGCAUCUUAUGACUGCCAUUCUAAUUGUGGUUAUGCUAUUCUUGCAGCCAGAAAAUGCUCACCAGAUGGAAACAGUGACUCUGACUACAACUCUACCUGUCUCUGUGAAGACAGCGAAACGUUUCUUUCUUUGGCACCUCAAUGCUUGGACUGCGGCUGGUGUUUAUGGUCUGACUAUGCUGAGUAUCUCACUUCGGCUUUCUCUGAGUGUGGCUUUUCUACUCAGCCAACUGGUACCGACUGUGCUGCUGAAAAGACUUCUUAUAUAGAGGAGUACGGUACUGCUGCUGUGACGAACUCGAACACUACUGCUGCUUCUUACUAUGCUUCCCAGUAUGCUGACUCAAGCUAUUCAGCCAACUCUACUAGUAUCACCGAGACUUCAUUUUCUAACAGUACGGAGGAAACCACCGUUGCAACCUCUGCAAUCAGCACAGAAUCAUCAUCGUCUUCGUCUUCUUCGUCUUCUGCAAUCGCGGCUACAAACUACAUGACCAGCCUUGGUCCUAUUGCUCUAGCAAUCUCAAUCUUACUUAUGUAA